UCAAUGGGCAACAACAACUCGUCCCCGCCACCCCCGCCGCCCGCACCGACGGCCCCGUCGACCCCCCCGCUGACUCUGACGUCGGGCGCGACGCUUUUAACGCAAACAACGACGCAAGGCAACAGCGCGACGAUGAGCUUGGACUGCGGCAGCCCGACACUGCAGAUCUCGCGCGUUAUUUUUGCCUCAUACGGCACGCCGAGCGGCAGUGGCCUCGGCGCCAAGUUUGGCACGUGCUAUUCGGGGGUGUCUGAAAAGGUCGUCACCAGCGCGUGCGCUAAAUUGCAGGCCUGCAGCGUGGCCGUCAACAACGGCAACUUUGGCGGCGAUCCGUGCCCGGGCACUACCAAGCAGCUGACGGUCACCGCCGAGUGCACUGCGGCGCCGACAUACCAGACGUGGGCUUAUGUCGCCGAGCACGAGACGCUGAACCUCAAGUGCGCGAAUGGCUACGUCAUUUCGAGCGUCGACUAUGCGUCGUACGGGUUGCCCACGGCCGGCUACACCAACGGGUGGUGCCACGCAUCGUCGAGUGCCAGCGUCUUGACGCAACUCUGCGUCGGCCAAGGCUCCUGUGCAGUCCCGGCUCAGAACGCACUCUUCGUCGACCCUUGCGUUGGCGUCGUCAAGGCGCUCGCUGCCAAAGUCACGUGCAAGCAAGGUGCGGCGCCGGACGACGUUUGGACGCCGUACGUGCCCCCGACUUGCACGCCGUAGUGUCGUUCUCGACAUGAGCGUUCCAACCACGUCGAAAUCGACGACCUUAUUGUCUUCUA